AAACUAUUUUUUUCCUUGCAUUAUCUUGGAAGAUCAUUCCGGUAAACCUCAAGCUUGAACCGUGUUUUUGCCUAAAACCUUUAUUUGUUAUGAACUUAAAGAUUAUGUUCCCAUUAUCUUGCCAUAGAAGCAAUGAGGUUUUAUUGGAUUUUCGGGCUUUGACGAAAUCUACGGUGUACACCACGAAAGUCCAUUUCCAAGACAAUUCAAAUAUAUUUCCUGCUGUCUAUUUAGUGUUAUUGGCUGAGAGUAAUAUCGAAGUAAUUCAUGGCAAUAACCUCGAAAGGCCUCACUCCGGACAGAGUUAUAAUUGACGACGCGGCCAGGAAUGAUGAACAACUCGACAUCUGCCCAAGGAAGAGCAACGGGAACUGUGACCAGCGUUGAAGCUGUUCUCUGGGGGACUUCGUUCGGUGUCGUAGCCUUUAUGAUCAUCUUGUCUAAUAGUGUCUCCAUUGCUGCGUUCGUCAAAGCAAAACCUCGUCGCAAGCAUACUCAUUACUUUCUCAUCAACUUGUCCGUUGCUGAUUUCAUGGUCGGAACUGUAUCGGUGCCUUUGUUCAUCUCCUAUCUUGUGAAUCCACAAAUGUGGACUAGCAGCCUUACCAUGCCAAUGGUUCAUUCUACAGUGGAUAUUCUCUCAGGACUAACGUCUGUCUUCACACUGGCCAUUGUAUCUAUAGAAAGACUAUUGGCUGUAUCCAUCCCUUUCAAGUAUCGUUUAAUUCCCACGUAUGCUUACUUCUGCUGUAUUGCAGCCACGUGGGGUCUCUCUGGAAGCGUUGCCGCCAUGAGUAUCGCAUUUUACUUGCGGAUUGUGAAAGAAGCUUUCUACAUUGUUGUAAUUCUUUCCCUGUCGCUGUCCCUGUCUGUUGCCUGUUUUGCUUACAUAGCUAUCAUAUAUAAAAUCAAUCAGAAAAACAACAGCGCAAAGAACGCGAAGGAUUUAACAGUCGAGCGUAGACUAAGCAUGACCUUGUUUUUCAUCACUACCAUUUUUGUCGUAUCGUGGCUUCCAUUCCAGCUCGUCUUCAUUUUGGUCCACUUCUGUAAGACGUGCAGAUUUUCCGUGAACACUGUGUUCUUUACUAAGCUAUUGCAUUACAGCAACUCGUUUAUGAACACAGCAGUGUAUAGUUUCAGAAUCCCGGAAUUUAAGGAAGCAUUAAAGGAGAUUUUUAGUCGGUCUUCGUCCCGCAGCGGAGUCAACGAUAUGCACUUAAAAGAAAUCACUUACGACAGCUCUACGUCUGUAACUCGGUUGACUCUGCAUAGCCCACUGAUAAAUUCGAAUAAAACCUCAUCGUCUUCACUAAGCAAGACUGUAGAAGUGAGUUCUAUGGAUGGAAAUCAAACAAUGGCUAACAGCCUGUUAAGGAACGUUUAGACUGAAAUCACAGAGAAUGAGUUCGCUAUGUAUCGUUAUAAAGUUUUCAAAAAAAAAAUAUGCCCUCUAUCCCACGAUUGGUUUCUUCACCGUUCACGGGCAAUAUGGACACAAAGGAGACCUCCCCUUUUUAGAUUUCCUCCUGUUAAAUGUGAUGGAAUUUCUUUGAAAAUCUGAUGUUGUUUUAUGCCUUUCCGAUUUCUAAUGAUUUGUUGAUUGAAACUUGAGCGCUGUAAUGAGUAAACACUACUUUAAUAUCUUUUACAGACAACAGAGUUAGUGUAGCUUAGAAUCGUAUCAUACAUUUAUCAUCUCUAUACCUAGUACCAAAAGAAUGAACUGAUCUUUGCUUUAUGCUCACGUUCUCGCCUUUCUACCUUUUUGAUAGAACUGUUAUACAAUUAUUUAGUUAGUGACAUAUGUUCUGCCAUCAUUUGAUGAAUAUUUCAUCAACAUAAUUGAUUAUCAAAAUCUUACCUCAGAUUGGCAGGGUUAGCCGGUACUUCAAAUCAUUAAGUGUCAAAUCGCGAAAAAAAUAUAAAAGUAUAUAUCUGUAGCCACGAAGAAGGACAUUAUGAUAGCAUAAACAUUCAAGAAAUAGUUUAAAUAUUGCCGCCUUGAAGACAGCUGAACUAAUCCAAUCUUAGACAAAAUCUCGAUUUCUGAGAGAAUUUUUUCUUCAGACGUCAGGAAUUUAUUUGUUUACUUUAACUUUUACCUAAUUAAGAGUAAAAGCAAUGAACAAACCACAGAAGUAAAAAUAAACUGAUUUGCUUUGA